AUGUCGGCAUUCACCAUAACUAAAGCUUCACAAUCUAAAAUUGAUGCAACAUUAGCUUAUUUUAUUGCAGUUGAUAUGAUGCCUUACAAUCUUGUGACCAAAGAUGGUUUCAAAGUGUAUACGAACGCCUUAAACACUAGUUAUCAUAUACCAAGUCGAAAGACUCUUACUGAUUCCAGAAUACCAAAUUUAUAUAAAGAUACCAAGACUAUCAUUGAGUCGAUUGUGAAUAAAGUUUGUUUUGUCAUUCACCACAGAUUGUUGGACUUCUGGAUCCAACCAACCGUUUUUAGCUUUAACUGGGCAUUAUAUUGA